CAUAGAUUAUAUAUCUUGGAGAACACACCAACCAAGGAACUAAACUCCAAAUAUUUAUGGCUCUAUAUAAUAUAAUCUCAGCUAAGCUGGUUCAAAAUUUCAACCAAAUUUUUUGUCUUUCUUCUUCUUCUUCUUCUUCUUCUUCUUAUCUAGCUAGCUAUAUGAUCAGUAAUUACACUGGUAUUCUACCAGAGGGCCUAUGGCCAGGAGAGGCAUCACCAGAGUGGCUGAACAAAGGAGACAACGCAUGGCAGCUGACGGCAACCACCAUGGUGGGCAUGCAGAGCGUUCCAGGGCUGGUGAUACUGUACGGCAGCAUGGUGAAGAGGAAAUGGGCUGUGAACUCAGCCUUCAUGGCCCUCUAUGCCUUUGCCAUGGUGCUGUUAUGUUGGGUCCUCUGGGCUCAUCACAUGUCCUUUGGCUCAAGGUUGACCCCUUUUGUGGGGAAUCCAGGGUUGGCACUGAGUGAGAAGUUUCUACUGAGGCAGUCAAAGCUUGGGCUUGUCCCAAUGGCUGACUAUGUGUAUUAUCAGUUUGUUUUUGCUGCCAUUACAGUGAUUUUGCUUGCAGGGUCUUUGCUUGGGAGGAUGAACUUCUAUGCUUGGAUGAUGUUUGUUCCACUUUGGCUUACUCUGUCUUAUACUGUGGGAGCUUUUAGUGUUUGGGGUGGUGGGUUUCUUGAGGAUGUCAUUAUUGAUUAUGCUGGUGGUUAUGUUAUUCAUCUCUCCUCUGGUGUGGCUGGUUUCACUGCUGCUUAUUGGGUGGGUCCUAGGUUAUCGGACGACAGGAGACACUUUCCCCCAAACAACAUAAUUCACAUGUUGGGAGGUGCAGGGUUUCUAUGGCUGGGCUGGGCAGGCUUCAAUGGUGGUUCUCCAUUUGCAGCUGACUUGAUAGCAUCACUAGCCAUUCUCAACACCCAUAUCUGUGCUGCCACCAGCCUCUUGAUCUGGGUUUCCAUGGACAUGAUUGUCUACAAGAAAAGUUCUGUGGUUGGAGCUGUUCAGGGCAUGAUCACUGGCCUGGUCUGUAUCACCCCUGGUGCAGGGAUUGUGGAUCCAUGGGCAGCUGUUAUAAUGGGAAUAUUGUCUGGUUCAAUACCAUGGUAUACAAUGAUGGUUUUGCAUAAAAGAUCAGUGAUCUUCCAAAGUGUGGAUGACACAUUAGGGGUCUUCCAUACACACGCCGUAGCUGGCCUCUUGGGUGGCCUCCUCUCCGGCAUCUUUGCUCGAACCAAUCUUCUAAAAAUGAUGUAUGGUUCGAGUGUGUCGUUUGCUGUCUCCAGAGGAAAACCAGGAGGCUGGUUCAAACAGUUGGGAUAUCAGCUGGAAGGAGCUCUUUUCAUAACAGUUUGGAAUGUAGUCAUUACCACCUUGAUUUGUCUCUUGAUCAGUAGGGUAGUUGAUCUGAGGAUGAAUGAGGAGGAUUUGGAGAUCGGUGACGAUGCUGUGCACGGCGAAGAAGUAUAUGCUCUUUGGGGUGACGGUGAAAGAGCGCCGAGCUCACGUCGGCGCUGGCAAAUGCACCCCAGAAUCCCUUCUAUCGUCUGCCUGCGCGGCAAUUGA